AGGAAGUGCCGUGCGGCCGCGCCCCCUCCUACUCGCCCACCCCCGGCCCGUCUCGGCUGGGCCGCUGUUGAGGCGGCGGCGGGGCUGCGCAUCCCACCGACAUCGGCACCGCGGACCCCACCGGCACUGGGAACGGGGCACGGCACCAGAACAGCACCGGGCACCGGCUAGCCCACAGCCAUGGCGUGCAGCCUCAAGGACGAGCUGCUGUGCUCCAUCUGCCUGAGCAUCUACCAGGACCCGGUGGGGCUGGGCUGCGAGCACUACUUCUGCCGCCGCUGCAUCAUGGAGCACUGGGUGCGCCAGGAGCCGCAGGGCACCCGUGACUGCCCUGAGUGCCGCCGCACCUUCCCUGAGCCCACGCUGGCACCCAGCCUCAAGCUGGCCAACAUCGUGGAGCGCUACAGUGCCUUCCCCCUGGAUGCUAUCCUGGGGGCCCAGCGCAACCCCUUCCCCUGCAAGGACCAUGAGAAGGUGAAGCUCUUCUGCCUCACCGACCGUGCCGUCGUCUGCUUCUUCUGUGAUGAGCCUGCCAUGCACGAGCAGCACCAGGUCACCAACGUGGACGAUGCCUUCGAGGAGCUGCAGCGGGAGCUGAAGGAGCAACUCCAGGGGCUGCAGGAGAGUGAGCGCGGUCACACGGAAGCCCUGCAGCUCCUCAAGAAGCAGCUGGCUGAGACCAAGUCCUCAGCCAAGAGCCUGCGGGCGACAAUUGGGGAGGCAUUCGAGCGGCUGCACCGUCUACUGCGGGAGCGGCAGAAGGCGAUGCUGGAGGAGCUGGAGGCUGACACGGCGCGGACACUGAGCGACAUCGAGCACAAGAUCCAGCGCUACAGCCAGCAGCUCCGCAAGGUCCAAGAGGGCACCCAGAUCCUGCAAGAGCGCCUGGCUGAGGCAGAUAAGCACGUCUUCCUGGCCGGCGUGGCAUCCCUCUCUGAGAGGCUGAAGGGAAAGAUCCACGAGACCAACCUGACCUAUGAGGACUUUCCCACCUCCAAGUAUAUGGGCCCGCUGCAGUACACCAUCUGGAAAUCCCUCUUCCAGGACAUCCAUCCUGUGCCAGCAGCGCUGACGCUGGACCCCGGCACUGCCCACCACCGCCUCAUCCUGUCAGACGACUGCACCAUUGUGGCCUAUGGCAACCUGCACCCGCAGCCGCUGCAGGACUCGCCCCGGCGCUUUGACGUGGAGGUGUCGGUGCUGGGCACCGAGGCCUUUGGCGCUGGUGUGCACUACUGGGAGGUGGUGGUGUCUGAAAAAACCCAGUGGAUGAUUGGCCUGGCCCACGAGGCUGUGACCCGCAAGGGCAGCAUCCAGAUCCAGCCAAGCCGUGGGUUCUACUGCAUCGUGAUGCACGACGGGAACCAGUACAGCGCCUGCACCGAGCCCUGGACGCGGCUUAACGUCAAGGGCAAGCUGGAGAAGGUGGGCGUCUUCCUGGACUAUGACAAGGGGCUCCUCAUCUUCUACAAUGCUGAUGACAUGUCCUGGCUCUAUACCUUCCGGGAGAGGUUUCCUGGGAAGCUGUGCUCGUAUUUUAGUCCUGGACAGAGCCAUGCCAACGGGAAGAAUGUCCAGCCACUGCGGAUCAACACUGUCCGUAUCUAAUGGGGGUUUUUGGGGUGUGUCCCCCCCCCCCCGCCGGGUGUUUUCCCGCUCCAGGAACUGGCCCCAGUGCUGGGCAGGAUCUGACAUUCCACCUGAUUCUCUUGGUCCUGUGCUUCCAGGGAAUCCCAGUGUGGGGGGCUGGGAUAUGGCAAUAAAGGAUUUGGAGA